GAUCACCACGCCACACGUCUCUAUUCUUUGUUGAUCGACCUUUAUCUCCACUGUGACCCUUGAGAACAAGCAACGUAGUACAACAGGAUCACAUCUUGAAGAAGCUCAGGCAGGUCUCCUCACCACAUCGAAUCAACCGGCAUGAAAGUCUCCCUCGCAUUGGUCGCAGCGCUGGGUAAGUAGCAUAUUUCCACUUCAACCGAGAGAACUCUUGUUGACGUUGGUGGAUCCUUUCUUGAUCCUUUCAUCCGUCUCGGUUUAACGAUCUCAUUGCCAUCACCCACAGCCGCUAGCACUCCCGCACUGUCUAUCAGCAUUCUUUCCGGACCUCAGAUCGACGAGCUACUCAACCAUGGUCCAGUCCCACCGACUCACGAGAAAUCUAUCGUAAAAACUGGCUGGCAUAGCGUCAAAGCCUAUGUAGACAGUAUGAGGAAACCCAAAGCUGUCAACCCAUGCCGCGGAUCUGCGGCCUCCUUGCAAGUCGCCCGCGUCCACGGUAAUGCCGGUCCUUCUGCUUAUUUCCCUUUCCCUGGACCCAUUGGCUCCCUCCUGUCUCACUUGGGUCUCACACCCGGACAGAAGGCGGAAGAAGACCACCAUCGAUCUCAUAUCCACAUGGAGGUCAUUUCGACUAUCAAGGAUCAAGUCGCUUCGCACAAGGAGUCAGUCGAGUCGUUCAAAAACCGUCUCGAAGACAUGAUUCACCAUGUCGAAUCGGAGUCAAUUCCCUUGAUGGAAGGUGGAAUCGUCAAGAUUAUGCCUAUUUUCAAUAACUUUGGUGAUCUCGAAUCCCCAGAGAACGUUCAUCACAAGCAAGCGGUCCAGCAUCCCAAAUUUAGGACGGGACACUGGGAUCCCGACCACGAGAGGAAAUUACGGAUUGCAGAGUGGGACGCUAUGGCUGGAAAGGAUGGUAUCAAGGCCGUGCAUCACAGCCAUCAUGGCCAUCAUCAUGCCGCUUACCCUCACAGAAAGGGAAGAUCAUUUGGAUGCAGACUCAACCAUGCUCUCAAGUCUCUCAAGCCCGCCGAAUCUCUCAGUCUCGCGUUUGUUCUUGGGGCUGGAAUUGGAUCUCUCCUUCAUCUUUUUUUCAUGGUUCUCCUUUUGACCAUUCGUCGACUGCGCGGAGGAUCGUGUGCGGAACGCAAAGCCGCCAGACGAGAGAGGCGAGCAGCUAAAGCGGAGCGAAGAGCCGCCCGAAAGGCCGCCAAGGCAGCUGGUAAGAAGGGAGGUGUGAGACUCGAGAGCGGGGACGAGGACGAAGUAUUGCCCGCGUACGGGGAAGAGGAACACGAACGACUCGUCGAGAAGGCCUAAGAGUCGAGCAAGUACGAGUCAGCUCGACUCACGGUCCUCGAUUUCCUCCACUUUGUGCCCUCUGCACUGUGAACAUCAUAUCAUCGAUCCAUCCAUCCAGCCUGUAUUGUAGAGUGUCACGAUAUCCCAUGCCCCAUUUGUAGAUCUAUACCACGACAACAGAGAUGAAGUAUGCAGACGUUUGACAAGAAAGCACCACUUUGGAGCUCGAGUCUAGUGCCACAAGUCUUUUCAACCGCGA